UAAAAAAUGACGACUGAUACUAACAAAAAUAUUUUUGAAUUUGAGACUAAUAACGUAUCAAGCCAAAAUAUUUUUACUGGUGGUAGAUCCAAAUGUCUAGUUAGACCAUCACGGUUUAAAGAUGUUGGAAGAAUCUCAAUUAAUGGAAAAAAAAUUGAAAGAAGUAUAUUCACAUAUAGUUAUGCUUACAAUUUGCGGAAGGAUCAGUCAGUCCAUAAUAAUGUUUUUAAAUUCAGUGCUAAACCGGACUCGAUUAAAGCAGAGAUACUAAAGUCAUUAACAGAAAUCCCUAAUAAAUUAUACAAUGUAAAAAUGUCAAACUAUUUACGAAAACAAAAGGCCAAUAAUGAAUAUAUGGAAAUUCAAAAAAUAUUGGAACAAGUUUCUGGUCAGAAUUCUAGUUUAACUGUUGAAGAAGUUUCGUUUGCAGAAGAAAUAAAUUUAACAACUAUUGAUGCAACUCUCAAUGGUGCUGUUGUAAAUAUGAAUACUAAAUAUGAUGAUACUCUAGUCCCAUAUGUUUCUAGAACAGAAAAUAUGCAUCAGAAAUUUCCAAGGCAGCAAGAAAAUAAUGCUGCAAUUUCACACAUUUUAAAUUGGGGUGAUUUAUGGGUGCAAAACCAGAAUUUUCAGACUUACAAACGAUCAGAAAAUUUAAUUCCAAUGCCAAAUAAUUUUUUAAAUUUCGAACAAUACAAGAGUAUAAUUAUACAAUUGAUGAAAAUGGAGUUUAUGGAUACCAUUCAACAAAAGUUUAAGGCUGACGAGCACAUAGUAUUUUCGGUUGAAAAGGAGCGUAUAUCAAUAGAAUCGAAUCGUCUAAUAAUCAUUACUAAAUAUGAGUUCAAAACCGAACAUGAAUAUAACAGAUGUAAAUAUGAUCUAGUAUUAUUAAGUUUUGGAAAAGGGUUCCCAUACACGUUUGCUUAUGCUUCUACCAAUUGGAAAGGAACAGAUUGUUGUACUUUGAUUUUUGAAAUUUUUGGUGGAAAGACUUUAAAGUCCCAGUUACUUAACGUAAUUAGAAUUCAAGUUUUACCAAUUUCUGAUCACAUACGUGUAGAAAUGGGUGCAAUAAAUGCAAUAUAUCAGAUGGAGAAUAGUCCCUUUUUGGAAGAAAUUUUGAAUCCAUUAAAAUUAACGGAAAGAGAAGCCGAAAACUACAAAGUUUUUAAUUAUAAAGGCUACGAAAAGAUUGAUGAAUAUCAAUGGCAUGCACUAUUUAGUAUAUAUGCGAAAAUCGUCAAAAAUCGUCGUGGUAUUUCACUUAUACAAGGACCACCAGGUACUGGAAAAACACGCGUUAUAACUAAUUUAGUUUUACAGUGUUUAUAUGGAGAAGAAACACGUUCACUAAAUAAAAAAAUAUUGAUUUGCGCUCCGAGUAAUAAUGCUGUAGAUUUGCUCGCAUCAAGAUUUAUUAAUAUUCGAAAUUGCAUGGAUAUAAAAUUAGCAUUCAAGUUAAUAAGAUUUGGUGUCUUUGAAAGAAUAGAUUCAUAUGUGCAGGGGUAUUCUAUUUACAAUUUCGUCGAAAAAGCAAAAGAAAAACAUAUAACAGAGAUGACGCCAGAACAAGAAUUUCAAGUUACCCAAGCAUAUAUAAAGGAUGCCAAUAUUGUUUUUUCGACUUUGGCCAGUUGCGUUAAAUUAUUUCAGUAUAUACAGAACUUCGAUAUAAGCAUAGUGGAUGAGGCUACACAAUGUACAGAACCGCUAAGCUUGAUGCCACUUCAAUUCGGAAUAAGUCAAUUAAUUUUAGUCGGUGAUGUUCAUCAACUUCCAGCCACUGUAAAGUCAGGGUAUGCUGCAACGCUGGGAUAUGGAAGGUCAAUCUUUACUCGUAUUGAAAACUGUAUUCAAUCAUCGAAUGACAAAGGACAUGUAAUGUAUAUGUUACGCAAACAAUAUCGUAUGCAUCCAGAUAUAUGUCUAUUCCCAAAUCAAUACUUUUAUAAUAACAAACUGAUUAAUGCUAACUCUACAAAUAGUCAUUUAACUUUAAUUUCUCCAUAUUGUGUGCUAAACUUAAAUUAUCCGCAAAAUGAAAAUUGUUUCUAUGGACAAAUUAGAAACGAUUUAGAAAUCGACUUUAUAGCAAAUCUUAUUGUGGCUUUAAACGGACUUUUACCACAUAAGUUAUACUCUUAUGGGAUUAUAACGCCUUAUGCAGAACAUCGAAAUGCUUUGUUGGCGGCUAUUCACAAGAGACGUUUGUAUAAUAUAAUGGUAAAUACGAUCGACUCGUUUCAGGGUCAUGAACGUGAUGUCAUUAUUAUAUCAAAUGCACGUACAGUUGGAGUAGGUUUUCUUUCAUGUCGAGAACGUAUAAACGUAGCUUUGACUCGUGCAAAGAAAUGUCUUAUAUUAUGUGGAAAUUUCUCAAAUUUAGAGUCGGUUCCCGUAUGGAGUGAUUUACUAGAUAAUGCACGGAAACGUAAGGUGUAUUUGGAACUAGACGCACUAACUGCAACUAAUAUCCAAGCUAAUGUUAUUGAUAAAAUUCAAAUUAAUUAUUUUUCAUAACUAAACAUUUACAGUUAGUUUGGACAAAAGCUCUUUUGUCAUCAUUUUAAAUAAUAUCAAAUAUUAUUUCAUUGUUCCUUAAUUUCUAUAUGUAACA